AAGCAUGAAGCGCACAGGCAGGAGGCGCAGCUCCGUGUGGGACUGCUUUGAACAAACGGGGAACUUCGUCCGCUGCAUGAAAUGCAACGCGACGCUGAAAUACUGCGGCGGAGCCACGACCUCCAUGAUGAACCACAUGAGCAGGCACCAUUCAUCCGCGACGCCGAUGGACGAAGACGAGAAACCCGUGAUCUGCACCGUUCAGUGCAUCGAGGAGGAGAACGCUCCCAACAACUCGGAAAUCACGCAGGUUGCAGUCAUGUCACCCAACAUAAACAUCACCCCUGCUGAGCGGGACUCCAGCGAGAGGAAACGCCUGAAGCGGAGCUCCGUUUGGGAUAUCUUCAUCAAAGUGGACGACGAGGUUCACUGCACGAUGUGCGGCACGAAGCUCAAAUACAGGAGCAGCACCACCAGCAUGAUGUACCACAUCAAAAACAAGCACCAGGACGCAGCACCCAACGACGGUGUGUCGCUGGCAACACAUGCGGAGGUGACUGAGCUCAUCUCCAGAAUGAUAGAGAAGGACAUGCUCCCCAUCAGCAUGGUUAGUGGCGAUGGUUUUCGCGAGCUGCUUGCAUACACUGUGCACAGUUAUAAAAUGCCAUCUGUUGGUGAUGUUACACGCAUUAUUGAAGGCCAUUUCCAUGAGAAGGUUGAAGAGCUUAUGGUGCAGCUGGGUAGAGUGGAGAAAGUGGCUCUCACUGCAGACUUCUGGACAGGUCUCACCUUUCAGAGGUACAUGACCGUGUCCUGUUCAUUUAUAACAGAAGACUGGCAGGGGAGGUCAGCUGUGCUGCAGACACACAAAGUUUCAGCAGGCAGCCAGAUGCACAAAGUUUCAGCAGGCAGCCACUCCAGUGCAGACACUGUUACAGACAGCGUGCUCAGCACCGUGCAGGCAUGGGCUAUCGCCGGUAAAGUGACCUCAUGUGUUCAUAACGACACGCAGAACAGCUUAUCAGUCCAAGCAUGUACCCGUGCCACCUGGGACUACACGACUUGCUUUGCCACAACACUGCAGCGAGCAGUCAGCGAUGGACUGAGUGAAGAUUUACUCCGCAUCGUUGUUGCUGCCGGGAAACUAGUUAAGCACUUUAAUUGCAACUUGCUCGCGAAUGAGGCCUUGGAACAGAAGCAAGUUCAGAUGUGCCUGCCGCAACACAAGCUCAUCCAGUCGAGCAAAGACAGAUGGGACACCAUCUGCGACAUGUUUGAACGUUUGCUUGAACAACGGUGGGCGAUUAAAGCCGUCCUCUCCGACCGUACCGUCACCAGCAGGCAGGAAGCUCAGACCCUUGAGAUUGAAGAUGACUGCUGGCAGAUCAUUGAGAACUUCACGCCUGUGCUGGCGACGCUUAAAUGGGCUACAACAGUCAUAUCUGCAGAGACGGAGGUGUCCAUUUCUAAUAUCUACCCGAUCACCUUCAGCCUGGUUCAGACUCAUCUCGUGCCAAAAGAGAAUGACGUCGAACAAGUCUCAGAGUUUAAGCUCAAAGUUCAGCAGUCACUUAGAAAUCACAUGGAGGUUGACUCUAAUGACCUGGCUUCAAAGCCGGCUCUUAUCGCCUCCAUGUUGGACCCCCGGCACAAACAUCUGAGCUUCCUUACACCAACGGGGAGAUUGGCUGCAAAGGUUAAGUUGCAUGAACUAGUUUCAAAAUUGGAUGCAGUAACUGCUACUGCAGGUGCAAAGGAUGAGCAGCAGGAGACUUUGGUCACCCCGGAUAUUAGCCAGGCGGCUGUGCCCUCGCAAAUCAGAAGUGACACCAAAAACACUAUGGUGCUGCUCCUUGGCGACAACUACAGUUCUUCCUAUGCCACCGACUCUGAGGCUCAGGUUGAUUACUACUUAAGAGACAUUGCUCCCUCGUUAGACAUUAACCCUCUCGACUGGUGGAGGGUAAAUGGACCAAGAUUCCCCAAACUGGCAACUCUGGCGAGACACUAUUUGUGUGUACCAGGUGUAUCGCUGCCGUCUUUAUUGUCAGAAGCAGGACAGACGUUUGCGACAAUGCGCAGAAGACUGAGCCCAGAGCAUGUUGACAUGAUGAUCUUUGUAAACAGAAAUGCAUAACCUGCAUGACCUUAGAUGUUGAAGAUGCUGGUGCCCUAUACCAACAAGAGAAUAAGGCUACGUUCACACUGCAGGCGAAAGCGCA